AUGGUCCUUGACACCUUCAAGAACUGUGAAGGCUUGUCUCGCAUCGCCUUCUUCCAGACCGACCACCUGGUCAUGGCCGGCAAGGUGGUCAGCUGCCAGUCCGAGUCUGAGGCAGGAGCCGGGGAGGUCAUGACUGCCUUCAAGAAGUUUGACCAGGAUGGCAACGGCCGCAUCAGCCGCGCAGAGCUCUCGACCGUCCUCAAGAGGCUGAACCCCACUUGGAAUGACGCGGAGCUUGAGAGCCUCAUGGCGAAUGCCGACAAGAACAGCGAUGGAUCACUGCAGGUUGAGGAGUUCGUGAGCUGGCUCUUUGCGUCGGGUAUGAACGCCUGA